AACAAAGAAGAAGAAAAAUUGAAGCCGAGUGGGGACAGAGUGACUGACAUGCAGCUAUGUUAUCGUUAAAGUGGAAUAAAAUCCAUAAUAAUUGAUUGCAUGAAUUGGAAAAAGGAAAACCCAUGAAAACAUUCACUACAAUUCUUGAAAUGCUUCUUCUCUUGCUUAUUUUAGUUGAAACUGUUUUAUACACUUGCAGUUGCAGUGGAGCUUAUUCAAGUCCAUUAUGUAUUGAAAGUGAGAGAGAUGCACUUCUUGAGUUCAAGCGAGGCCUCACUGACCCUUUGAACUUAUUGUCCUCCUGGGAUGCAGAAAUGUCUCAAGACUGCUGUGCGUGGAAGGGUGUUGCUUGCAGCAAUAAAACUGGCCAUGUCUUCAAGCUUGACCUUCGAUUCGAAUAUGGCUACUUGGGAGGUGAGAUCAAUCCUUCUUUACUUAAUUUGACGUACCUCAGUUAUUUGGAUCUAAGCCUGAACAAUUUCUUUGGCAUUGAAAUUCCAAGAUUUCUAGGUUCCCUAGAAAACUUGAAUUAUCUGAACCUUUCUUAUUCAGGCUUCAUGGGAAAGGUUCCCCAUCAUCUUGGAAACCUUUCCAACUUGCAAUCUCUUGAUCUCAGUACUUGGAAUCAAGAUUUGACAGUUGAGAAUCUCGACUUUGUGCAAUCUCUUUCAUCUUUGAAAUACUUAGAGUUGUCUGGAGUGAUCCUUUCUAACCCAGAAAAUUGGUUACACUCAAUAAACAUGCUUCCAGCUCUAGUAGAAUUACAUUUGUCCAGUUGUCACAUUCUCAAAAUUUCUCACUUCCUGCAUGUCAAUUUCACUUCUCUUGACGUUCUCGAUCUUAGCUUUAACUACUUCAGCUCCCCCAUCCCACAGUGGCUGUUCAAUAUUAGCAAAAUUCAGCGUCUUGAUCUAAGUUCAAAUGCGUUCCAAGGUCCCAUUCCACGUGAGAUGGGCAAUUAUAGUCUGGUUGUAGUCCUUGAUUUAUCUUAUAAUCAUCUAGAGGGUGAAGUUCCAGAAAAGUUGAGUAAUCUAUGCAAUUUGCAGGAUCUCAACUUGGCAAACAACCAUUUCAGUGGUGAGGUUUUUGGACCUUUAAUUGCCAGUCCAUCUAGAUGCAUUAAAAGUAGCUUAAAGAGCUUGAAUGUUGCAUUUAACAAAUUUAGAGGUAGCCUUCCAGAUCAAUUGGGACAAUUUCAGCAUUUAGAAAGCCUAGAUAUUUCUAAUAACUACCUCAACGGUCCAAUCACAGCAUCAAUCGGAAGACUUUCUAGUUUAAGAAAAUUGUUUCUCAAGGGUAAUUACCUGAACGGCAGUAUUCCUCAAAGUCUUGGACAGCUUUCCAACCUUGAAAUGCUAGAUGUUGCUGGCAAUUCACUGAAAGGGAUCGUCUCCGAACUUCACUUCUCAAAUCUCACCUCCUUAACUGAAUUGCAUAUGGAAGGGAAUUCCUUAGUUUUUGAUGUUGACCCCACAUGGGCACCUCCAUUCCAACUUGUAUGGAUUGGAUUGUCAUCCUGCAAACUGGGACCCAACUUUCCACAAUGGCUCAAAACGCAGAUGAAUAUUGAGUUCUUAAUGAUGUCAAAUGCAAGCAUCUCAGAUAGGAUCCCUGCUUGGUUUGAAAAUAUUUCUUCAAGUAUCAUCCGUUUGGAUCUAUCUCACAAUCAGAUUACCAAAAAAUUGCCCAAGUUGAGAAAAUUACGUUUCGGUGAUCUUUAUCGUCAUAGGUCCAUAUAUUUGGAUUCCAACAAAUUUGAUGGUCCUUUAACACCUUUUCCUUCUGAUACAGCUGAUUUAGAUAUCUCCGACAACUUGCUUUGUGGCCAAGUCCCCAAAAAAAUUGGAACAAUGAUGCCACAUUUGGAAUCUUUUGUUAUCUCCACCAACCAUUUGAGAGGGACCAUUCCGGUUUCUGUUUGUGAGUUAAAGAAUUUAGCUAUUCUGGAUCUCUCAGCAAAUCAUCUAUCAGGAAGACUUCCUAGAUGUUGGAAAAAGUUGCAGGAUUUGAAAGUGGUAGAUUUGGCAAAUAACAAUCUCAGUGGCCAUAUUCCAUUUUCUUUCGGCUUUAUGCAGCAGCUCUUGUCCUUGCAUCUUCAAAACAAUAGUUUCCAAGGAAAAUUUCCUAGGUCAUUAAGUAAGCUCAAAUGUUUGAGGACUGUUGAUCUCAGUUUGAACGCUUUUGCUGGUUUUAUUCCUCAAUGGCUUGGUGAAAACCUAUCUUCGUUGAGAGUACUCGAUGUUCAUUCCAAUAAGUUUGAUGGUGAGAUUCCUCCACAACUCUGCAGCCUUGCUUCUCUUCGCAUUCUAAACCUGGCAAACAACAACAUGAUUGGAAAUAUUCCUAAUUGUUUUGACAAUUUUACUGGGAUGAUUGUGGAUGAGAUAGGAGAUUAUCGGAACUAUCAUUUCCUUGCAUAUAGUUCCUACAUUCCUGGAUCUCAAUCUGUAGCUUACGAUGAGAAUCUUUUGGCUUAUAUAAAAGGAAUGGAACUUGAAUAUACCAGUUCGCUUCAGUAUCUCUUUUCCAUUGAUCUUUCAGGAAAUAAUCUUGUGGGAGAGAUUCCAAAGGGGAUAAUGAGUCUUUUAAAGCUACAAAACUUGAAUUUGUCUGGAAAUAAUUUGACAGGGCAUAUACCAUUGAACAUUGGUAACUUGAAAUUGCUAGAAUCUCUUGAUUUGUCCAGAAAUGAACUUUGUGGCUCUAUUCCAACCAGCAUUUCUGAUUUAAACUUCUUAAGUCACUUGAACUUGUCAUUCAAUAAUUUAUCUGGCCGCAUUCCUUUGGGGAAUCAACUCCAAACUUUGGAUGAUAAAUCCAUCUACAUUGGCAACAAUGGACUCUGCGGACAUCCACUGAAAAGUUGCCCAAAAAAUCAACUGCCUCAAGGACAUGACCAUGCUGAGAGAAUAGAAUCUGAGAUUGACAUGCUUUGGUUUUACCAAGGCUUAGGAAUGGGUUCCGCAGUUGGAUUUUGGGGAGUUUGUAGCAUUUUGUAUUUCAAAGUUUCUUGGAGAAAUGCCUACUUCCAAUCAAUCGACAGAAUCUACAAAAAGCUUGAGGGAAUAGUUACAGAGAAAGUUCCAUAGAGACAAAUUUGGAGUGCAAGCAUGAGAAGGACGUUGUAAAAAAGAUGGCAAAAAUUGAACAAAAGCCCAAAUGAAGCUCAACUCAAAUUCAUAGGAAGGAAGGUUAUGCUAUGAUUUCAGAUGAAAAUUUCUGAAUUUAGAUGAAUAUUCUCUUUAUCUAUCUCUGCAAUAUGUGGCUAAAUGUAUAUAUUAAUUUGCUAGCUUGUACCUAUUCUGUUAAUGUAAGUUAUGCUUGAGACACUAAAUACAUUAUCAAAAGUUUACAGCAGAUUUCUGAUCUA